AUGUGGGGUCAGGAGGCCCCGUCUCCUAGGAGGGAAGGAGGUGUCAAGUUUUUAAAAAAGCUACCUCUAGAUCAGUUUCCCUACCUGCAAUGGCUGAGCUUGGCUAGGAACCAGUUGGAGGAUAUGGCGGGCCUGGGUGGAACUGCCCUCGAGAACCUCAAUCUUAGUGGUAACAAAAUCCAGAGAGUGCACGGCCUACAGUAUGGUCAACUGACCAACCUGGGGAUCCUAGAGCUGAGGGGCAACUGCUUGGACACGACCGAUGGCAUCUAUCUUCCAAAACUUCGGAAACUUUAUCUGGCCCAGAACGUCAUAAAGCGCCUGGAGGGUCUGGAGAGACUGGAGCUUCUCACCACGUUACACCUCCGAGACAACCAGCUGGAGACCCUGGAAGGCAUUAGCCCCAGGAUGACAUCUCUGAAGUACCUCAAUGUCAGGGGUAAUCUGAUAUCCAAUCAGAAGGCCCUGCAGAGUCUUGUUCCUCUGCUUGGCACACUACAAGCUGUGGUUAUCUUGGAUAAUCCACUGGCUGAGUCCGGGGACUACCGCAUUGCGGUGCUGACCUGUCUGAUGCACCUGGAGCGGCUGGACAAGGAGCUCGUCUCAUCAGAGGAGAGGGCGGAAGCACAGGAGAGACUCAAAGAACUUGCGGUGGAAGAAGAAAUACCUGAGACGGAGGACACUUCGUGAUGGCUACAUUAAGGGGAAGUGUUAGUCAACUUCCCAUGAUGGAACCGGUUUGUGGAUAUGUUGGUAAAUGUGAAAAGAAGAAAGAAGACCCAAGUGCAUACC